ACAAAAUGGCUGCUCCCAUGGCUGAUCAUGUGUUCCCGCAUGAAGACAAAAAUAUGCCAAGUCAAACGAAUAUUAUGGAGGACACAAGCAAUAGAAACACGAAACAGUCAUCUCUGGCGUCGAAACAACUGUUAUAUUCGGAAAAAUUCGCAGACAGUACUCUGAACAAGUUGAAAAUUCACAAACAAGUUGCAAAUGGAAGACAAAAUACAGAACAAGGGAAGCAGACGUUCAGGUUGCCCCCAAGUUCAGUGUUGAGCCAAGUGAAGAGCUUCCUUCCCCAGCUGGAGUCCUCCAACCUUGCCCUGGCUCACCGACUACAGGCAGGGCAGUCCAGCGAGGUGAACAUCGAGACCGUGGAGCCUGGCCCGGGCCCGCUCAUAGAGAUGAACUUGGCGUUGGUAGAGAUUGACUCCGAUUCCGAUGCCAGUGAUGACAGCGGCAUCAGUGCCUCGGACAGUGAUUCUGGGAGUGAUUCAGACGUUGUGAUGGAAGACUCUUGUGUGGGCCCAGUAACAGAAAGUAAUAUCAGACUUACAAAACUCAAAGACAAAAAAUCCAAAGUACCCAUCAUAGAAGUGUUGUCUUCAAGUGACGAGGCAAGUUCAAGUACCUGUCAAAGGGAGAUAACUCCAUGUUUCUCCAGAGAGUCCUGCAAUGGUUGUGUGGAUUCUGAGAGGGAAACUAAGAAAUGCAGUGAUGAUAAAUGUGAUGAAGUUGUUACAUAGCUAAUAAAGUUUUUGUAUAAA